GGUCAAAAGUCAAAACUUUUUCUUCUCUUCUUCUUCUCCUUCUCCGCACCCUGUCUGAAAUCUCUGCAACACCCACCAAGAAGAUGACGAUCAGCAUCGUCGAUCACGAGCUCCCCGACGACACCCACAACCUCUACGACGUCAUCUUCUACGGCCUCAGCGUCCGCACCCUCCUCACCUACUCCCCUCCCAUCGCCUCCUCUUGGCUCUCGUCCCGCGGCUCUCAACCCCUCCUCGUCGGUUUCGACAUCGAGUGGCGGCCCAACUUCAGCCGAAACGUCGACAACCGCGUCGCCAUCCUCCAGCUCUCCGUGGGCCUCCACUGCCUCAUCUUCCAGCUCCUCCAGGCCCCCGAGAUCCCCCCGCCCCUCGCCGACUUCCUCCGCGACCCCAGCCACGUCUUCGUCGGGAUCGGCAUCGACGAAGACGUCGAGAAGCUGCUCUGCGACCACGGCCUCGGGGUCGCCAACGCGGUGGACCUGAGGGACCUGGCCGCGAGGGAGCUGGGCCGGGAGGAGCUGAGGAGGGCCGGGCUGAAGACGCUGGCGAAGGAGGUCCUGGGGAGGGAGAUCGAUAAGCCGAAGCGGGUCACGACGAGCCGGUGGGACAACCCGUGGCUGACGAGCGUGCAGGUCCAGUACGCGUGCCUCGAUGCCUUCGUGUCGCUUCAGAUCGGGGAGGCCCUGAAUGCCGGAGGUGCUCGGCCGGGAGGCCCCGGGGACGGAGGGAGCAGGUUGGGAUGUUGUUUAUCUGCUCUGCUUGUCCUAAUUCCAUUAGAUACGGAUAUGGUGUUAAGAUGGUGUCUGCUUAUCAUAGUGUUGUCCCUGAUCUGCGUUUCGAAUACGAUGUAUAAACACGGCUCUGGUGGUGCAGUAGGGGCAUUUGAUUCUAAUUCUUUAUGUGAACUGAACAGAAAUAUGCAAGAAGAGUAACUGUAUAGAAGGUUAUUCAUGUCAUAGAGGUAACCGUCUUUGCCAAUGGCGCUCUCUGUAUAUGUCGGAAAUCGUGGAUGCGAUGCCCUUGUCCGCUUUAGAAA